CCCCGCCGUCUUGGGACCCGGUACCAUCCCCGAGAGGUACUUCUUGGGACCCGGUACCCCCAUUUUUUUGCAAUGAGUAUGGGGUUCAUGGAGCGCAUUAGGAAGAGAAGACAGGAGGAUGAUGAUGAUAUGAUGAUGUUCUUCCUUCCCGCAUUACAUUUGUUGUGUUCUAGUUCUCUUAAAGGGAGGAGGGUUAAGAAGCGAUGACACACAUCCAAGCUAAGUGGCGAGGAGCAUGUUUUAGAGUUGCUUGAAGGGCAUGUCAAGAACUACCGAGUAGCAUUCAGAAUGGAACCUGAAAUUUUUAGAGCCCUAGCCAACUAUCUUAGGAAGGAAAGGUUGGUACGUGACACAAGGAUAAAAGUUGAGAAGAAGCUCGGCUUCUUUCUAUACAUGAUAAGCCAUAACGCUUCAUUUGAAGAUCUGCAAGAAGAGUUCGGACAUAGUAGUGACACAUUCCACCAUCAUAUAAAACAUUUUUUUGACAUAGUUGUCCCUUCCCUCGCCAAACGAUUUUUGAAGCCUCCUUCUCCAAUGCAAGUACAUUCGAAAAUUGAAAGGAAUCCUAGGUUCUAUCCUUACUUCAAGAACUGCAUCGGUGCAAUUGAUGGCACUCAUGUGCCCAUUACAAUUUCACCUGACAAAGCUGCUCCUUUUAGAAACAGGAAGGGGACUCUCAAAGGGGACUCUCAGCCAAAACGUGAUGGUAGCUUGUGAUUUCGACCUAAAUAUCACUUUCAUGUCUACUGGAUGGGAGGGAUCCGCUACAGAUGCUAGAGUUCUUCGAUCUGCAAUGAACAAUGGAUUCCAUGUACCUCCAGGAAAGUUCUAUUUGGUUGAUGGUGGGUAUGCUAACACCACGUCAUUCCUUGCACCUUAUCGUGGAGUUAGAUACCAUCUAAAGGAAUAUGGGCAAGGUCACCGUAGACCUCAGAACUACAAGGAGUUAUUUAACCAUCGUCAUGCCAUACUGAGGAAUCAUGUUGAAAGGACUUUGGGGGUUGUGAAGAAGCGCUUUCCCAUCCUAAAAGUUGCCACAUUUCACAAAAUAAGGAAUCAAGUGAAUAUACCAGUAGCAGUUGUUGUACUUCACAAUAUUAUUCGGCCACUCAAAGGGGAUGAGGAAUGGUUAGAUAAUCAACCAGAUUAUAUUUCGCCACAAAACUUUGUUGAUCUUCCGGAUGGCGAUCAAGGCAACGAUCAAUUAACAUGUUUGGAAGGGGUUCUCCAAGAAUCAACAUGCUCUUAUCAAAAAGUGCAACAAAGAAGCCUUCUCCUAAAGCUGGUGAUCCAAGAAAACAUGGAGGUUCUCCAAAAGAGAAAUUAAGAGCCGCUUGGAACUCAACUCUAGAGAAGACUCUUGUGGACCUCUUGCAUGAGCACAAGACAGCUGAUUAUAGGGGUCAAAAUGGAUGGACAACAGAAGCAUGGAACAAAAUUGUCAAGGAAUUUCAUCAGAGAGAACAAUAUGUCUAUUUCACAAAGACACAAAUACAAGAUAAGGAAAGAGAGUUGAAAAGGGACUAUAGGUUGCUAAAGGAUGCAAAGAAUCAAAGUGGAGCUCAUUUUGAUGAGAAGACAGGAAGGAUUACGGCUGACCCAGAUUUAUGGAAAAAUAUACUGACUUCUCAUCCUAAGGCUAAAAAAUUCUGCAACAAGUCUUUUCCUCUAUAUGAGGCCUUGGGGGAGCUUUAUGAUGGGCAAACAUCUGAAGGGACCUACAACUACACCUCCACCCAACUUCCAGAUCUUACUCAAGUAGGAAAUAGAGAUGAGUUUCUCAACAUAGAACAUGAACAAGAUGAAGUGGAAGAAACCUUGCCGGCACAUGAAGAAGAUGAUGUCCAUGUUGUUGAGGCAGGAGAUGCAACAGGUUUAAGGCAUGAUCCAGUGCCGCAGAGAAGGACUACUGCUACAAAAGGGAACAAUGAAGAAACAAGGACAAAGAGGCAUAAAAAGGGCGAUAACCUAGAAGGGAUAAUGGGAAGAUACAUUGACAUGAGAACGAAGCAAGCUAAGGAAGAAGCCACACAACUAGCAAAAGGGAGGGAGGAAAAGGAAGUGAGUCAAGUUGCAGACUUCUCAAUCAAGAAGUGCAUAUCCAUUAUUGGUACAAUGGAAGUUACAAAGGAGGAAAAAGCGAAAGCCUAUAAUGUCUUCAAGGACCUUGACAACAGGCAAAUUUUCUUGAGUGCAUGUGAUGAUGAUGCCGAGUCUGCACUGAUUUGGUUGAGAAACGAGAUGGCUUGGCUGGUAUGCUCUCUUCCUUUUUCUCUUCUCUUCCCACUAACUUUUCAAGGCUUGCAUCUCUUCCUAGGUUGAUUACUAGCCUGCAAGCAUGCUUGAGCAUUACAUUUCCUAUUUUCUCUUAAAAAUCUAUUU